AUGGCGCACGAAGACACGUCUUAUGGCUCUUGCAGUACAUCUCAUUUUAGAUAUCCACUGUUCACAGCAACUUAUUGCAUGGUGUUCCUUGUGGGCCUGCCACUGAAUGCCUUCUCCCUGUGGAGCCUGAUCCAUCGACUGGGACUGAGGUCAGUGCCAGUUAUCUACAUGGUGAACCUGGCUCUGUCAGAUCUGCUCUUCACACUCUCAUUGCCUUUGAGAAUCGUCUACUUUGCCAGGGGUCUAUGGACCUUUGGAAGUGUGGCCUGCAUGAUUCCUGGGACUUUAUUCUCAGUGAACCUCUACUCCAGUUCGUUCUUCAUCACCUUCAUCAGUAUGGAUCGGAUGCUGGCAGUUGUGUACCCUCUACGCUCACGUCCCUUUCGCACUCUGUCCAUAUCCUGGGCAGCAUGCAUGGUUGUCUGGGCAGGCAUCAUUGGUCUGUCUGUCCCAGUGGCUCUAAACCAUGACAGCAAUUGGGAUUCGAAUUGCAGUGUUUACCGGUGCUUUGAGCAUUACUCGCAAGAGUCAUGGCACAAUGGCUUUAUCAUCCUUUGUAUUAUAACUCUAGUGGGUAUUUGUAUCCCCUUUGGAAUUAUUCUUGGCUGCACCAUUGCCAUUGUUAAAAAGCUACGGGAUAAAAGUCGGCCCCUCUCAGAGCUCACACAAGAGACUGGGCUGAACAGAAGCAGGAUAGUGAGACUGUUUUUGGUGAAUCUCUUCAUCUACGCCGUCUGUUUCAUCCCUUUCCACGUUGCCUUCAUUCUCUACGGACUGCAUAAACUGAAUCACCUGGAGUACAACUUCUUUGACGUCCAAACUGUAACCAUGUGCUUAGCCAGCACAAACAGCUGCUUGGACCCACUCAUCUAUUACUUCAGCUCGAUGAGCGUUCAGAGGAAACGUCAAAUGGAAAUGACUGAGUGUAGGACAAUACAGACCUAAGGAUAGUCCAAGACAGCCUCAUGCUCCACAUUCAUGUCAGCACGUUGGAUAUGUUUCAAAGCCUUUGUUUUAAGUUUUGGGUCAGACAUACUGUAUAGCUUUGUGUUGUGUGUUUUAUCUUGUAUUUAAAACAAUCGAUAAACUCAUU